UCACAAUUGUCAGAUUGAUAGCACUCUAGCCCAAUUGAUUGGGGGGGCACCAGAGGGGGCCAAUCAUAUUUUGGGGGCUUUAGCUCCACCCAUGUUAAUAUCCUUGAUAACUAUGUGUCUCAGUUUUGCAUUAAGGAUGACUUACAUCUGUGGAAAUAAGUAUCUCUGUAAGAGUGUAUUGCAGAAUUAAAUUGCCAAGACAAUACACGUGCACGUGCGUGCACAUCGUCAAAUGUGUUAUGUCAUACAUAUUGAAAUACACACAUGUGCAAAGUGGUCUUUGAAUAUAUGUGGGAGGACAGGAAGUGGUAAGCUUGUAACAAGUGAAAUGAGCCCAUGCAGUAGCUACACUUUAAAAUUAACUCUAAGGUCUCCGGUGACAAACACAUCAGGCAGAAUGGAUAGAUCAGCAUACACCCAUCUGUGGAUAUUUAGCUGUUUUACAUUUGUCUGCAUCUAUGGAAGAGGUCAAGACUUGAUUCCUUCAUGUGAAGUUGAGCUGAUGGUCCGGCAAGGCACGACAUUGAAAACUGUCCCACAACAACGUCUGACAGUCAGAUGUCCUGUCAAACACUGUGGAGAAUCAAUGAGUGUCACCUGGUGUAAACGGCUCGACACAAACAAAUGUGAACGAAUUAAUUACACAGAGAAUGUGGAAAUAACACAGAAUGAUAAACACGUUAAGGACAAACUCAUCUCAUAUCUGACUUUCACACGGAUUUCCAUUAAUGACAGCGGCCUGUACCAAUGUCUUGUAAAAGGAUACAAGUCUCAGCAGAUCAGUCAUUUCAUAAACAUCUCAGUGUCAGAUCUAAACCAGGAUGUGGAAAACUCUGACAAUAAUGCACAUGAGCUACCAAUACUUGUUGCUGGUGAAAAGGAUGUAUCCUGGCUGCCCUACUUCUUUAUCUGUGUUAGCAUAGCUCUUCUGGUUGCCACACUGACAGUUUCAACUCACCUGAGUUGUUAUUGCUGGAAACGAAUAUUGACCUAUAACCAAUCAAAAAGACAGGAAAUGUCCACUCACAUGAUACCUGACCUACCCAAUGGGAGUGCUCCUUCCGCUCCUGUCCUGUAUGACUCCUCCUAUAUUUCCUAUUCUCAAAGUGCUGCAGGAAGACCAUCAUCACCAUCUCCCCUGAUGACCAAUGGGAACCAGCCUGCUGUGGCAAACAAGAUAGACGAAAGUCAAGUGUCAGACCAUGCAGUGUAUGCUGUUGUCAACCACCAUAGGAUACCUGCCAGAGAACAACAUGCUGCAACUGAACAAAAUAAAAACACAGAAUAUGCUGCUCAGUGUUUCCUGAACAUUUUGGAUUUGCCAUAGACACAUGCAGAUGAAAACAUGGAUGGAAAAAUGUACACAAGUAUGUGGUGGUGUCAUGGAACAGGCAAAGAAGUUACGCAAUCAACCACGCUGCAGAAGAGGUGAACGGAUGAGGAUUGUGGUCACGCAGAUGCACAGUACAGCCAUAUUAAACUAACCAGUCUAGACCAGAAGCAGCAUUGAAUGUAUUUUCUCACUCUCAGGUUUGUUUCAGGAAAUGUUGCUUUUAAUUAUUAAUUUUGCAUUAUUUUUUCAGUUGUUUUUCCCUCCAUUUAUUUCAUUUACGUGACUUAGAGUGCUUUUUUGACUGAUUAAACUUUGUUGGCCAAAGCUUUGGUGGUUUGUGUAGAAAAGCCAGUGGGUAAGUAGAUCGGUCAUGUGCAGACUCACUGAAUAAUUAUUGUGCAUUCUUCUGUCUGAUUUCGUAGUUUGAAUGCUGAAGUUUGGAGGCAUCUAUAUCUUUAAAAAUAAAUGUCAGCAUUGCAAUAUAA